AUGCCUGCUGACAGUGGCGCUGAAAGAGAUGGCGAGAUCUGUGAGGGUACCUCGCGACGAGAACUCCUCGCUGACCAGACCGGGCUAUCGCUCGAAGCCGACCUGGCACAGCUGAAGAGGACCGUCGCCGUCGCCAGCUUGAGCACCUUUUGCUUGGGCUACAACACGGCAAUCGUCGCCGGGGCACAAACGGGAAUUCAUCAGGACUCCGACUUCGUGCACGGCAGCGGCCUGGCCUCGGGAGUGCUUGUGAGCUCUGCGCUGCCUGCUGCAGCAUUGGGGGCCUUCGGUGGCCAGGUGGCAAACUUGGUGGGCCGUCGCAGAACUUUGCUUGCUGUAGCAAGCCUCUUUGCACUGGCACCGCUCGCAAUGGCCGCCGCACCAUCCUUCCUCUUCCUUCUAGCCGCCAGGUUCCUGUGUGGACUGUCCAUCGGCGUUUCCUCGGUGCUUACGAACCUCUACAUCACAGAGGUGAGUCCAGCUGUCUGCCGUGGACGCUUGGGCGGCUGGGCACCCUUCAUUGGCACCAGUGGAAUCCUCGUGUCCUACAUAGUGUCCUCAGCUCUGCAGCCUUUCCCAUAUCAGGCAUGGAGGUGGCAGUUUGGCUUGGCAGUGCUACCUGCACUCCUGCAGCUGCUGCUGAGCCGACAGUUACCGGAAACUCCCCGCUGGCUUCUGGCACAGUCGCGGAAAGAGGAUGCCCGGCAGAGCCUCCAGCAGCUGUUUCCAAAGGCGGCCCCGAGCUGCGUCGACGAGGAGCUCUCCAGGUUGGAGGCUGACCUGGGCCACACCGCGGAGAUGGCGGCCAUCAGCUCUUGGAAUCUCUGCUCUGCAGAGCACCGGGCCUCCACACUUGUCGGAGUGGCUAUCAACGUGCUCCAGCAAGUCUCGGGCAUCAACGUCUUCAUCUACUUUGCGCGUCAGAUCCUGGAAGAUGCAGGUUUCGGCCGAUACUCCAUGGUCUCCACCGUGUUGGUGAGCUUGAUCCAGCUCACUGCUACGGCGGUGCUGAUCCAAUUCAUUGAUCGUGUUGGGCGCCGGCCGCUGGCUUUGAUCGGCCUUGCCGGGAUGAUGGCCGGCCUUCUGCUGGUGAUCGCAGGCUCAUUGGAGCGCGGUGCAGGGCUGGAGGUGACUUUCACAGCCUGGUUUUCGCUGCUGGGAAUGCUGCUGUUUCGGGCUGCCUUCUCGCUGUCCCUGGGCCCGCUGCCCUAUGUCAUGACCUCCGAGUUCUUUAAGCAAGAGGCAAGGGCAGCAGGAGUUGGCCUUUGCUGGGCCAUGAAUUGGCUUGCCAACUUCGCGGUCUCUCUGAGCUUCCCAGUGCUAGCAGAGACCAGAGAGUUUGCCACGAUGGGAGCAGCUGCUGAAGUCUGCGAAGUGGUUCGCAUCUACUGGCCGCUCUUGUUGGGCAACGUCUUGGAGUGGUAUGAGUUCGCCAUGUUCGGUUUCCUGGAGCCCUACUUCCAGACCAACUUCUUUCAUGACUCAGCCGUCUCCACCUGGCUUGGAUUCGCUUGCACCUUCCUUGCGCGCCCAUUCGGUGGCCUGUUCAUCGGCUUGCUGGGCGAUGUCUUUGGCCGCAAGGUCUCUGCCUUCGUGUCCAUCUUCGGGAUGCUAAUCGGCACCGUCGGCCAGGGCCUGCUACCCAGCUACCGGUGUGGUGACCUCGCUGGCCAUGUGGGCUUUGUCCUGCUGAUAGCACUGCGGAUCUUACAGGGCAUUGCCACAGGUGGGGAAAUAGCCGCAGUCUCCACCUACAUCACGGAGGUGGGCUCCCAGCGCGUGCUGGCAAGGUCCAUGGCCCUGUUGGGAGUUACUUGCAGCAUGGGUGCCUUCCUGGCACAGUUGGCAAGCUACCUGGUUGUUUCAGUGUUCGGCGAGGAGGCCGCAUCUGAGUGGGCUUGGCGGCUGCCGUUUCUCACCGCCAUCAUCCCUGGCCUGAUUUCAGCACGAGGGCGUCAUAACAUGCCGGAGUCGAAAAUCUUCCUGGACCAGAACACUCGCUUGGACACAGCCUCCGGAUCAUUGCGAGGAGUAGCGGGAAGACUUCAUGCCGUCUUAAAGUCUCAUUCUGCGGCACUCACACUGGGCACCCUAUCUGUUGCUGGCCCAGCCAUGCUGGCUUAUGGUGGCUAUGCUUGGGGGCUAGUCUAUCUCCGCAAGCACGGCGCCUCACAAGCAAGCCUGAUUCUGGCCGGAACGGUCGGGCGCGGAACCGCGAUCCUUUUGGCACCUCUUGUAGGUUGGCUGGCAGACACGCGAGGUGUAGCCUGGAGUCAGUUCUUCGGGUCCUGCAUGCUGGCGCUGGCGGGCAUUCCCUUCUUUCUCGCCAUCGUGCGGAGCCCGGACGUGUUCGAAGUCGUGGUCUUCGCAUUCGGGCUGGGAUAUGGUGUCCUCCUGGCGUUUAACACCAUGGUGCUGCUCUUGCACGUAGUUGAGCUGUUCCCGGCCUCUGUUCGAAAUGUCGGCGUGGGGACGAGCUACAAUGUUGGAGUGUGUUUGUUCGGAGGAUUUGCACCUGCGUUGUUUGAGCUCUCGCUGAAGGUGAACCCUUUGUUUCCCGGAGUCUUACUCAGCCUUUCCGGCUGCAUUCCGGCGCUGGCUAUACUUCUCGGCCUGCGAUUGCAGGCCCGGGGCCUUCUCCGCCUAGCGCACGUCCGGCCAGCUCCAUACUUCGGACGCUUGAAGCCGUGCAAGGAAUGUCAAACAGAUCUCUCCGGCGUCGUAGAUGCAGGAUGCGAGAUGCAGGCAGUUCCUGGAGCCUCUGGACAGGCCGAAAUUUUCUGCAUUUACCUGUUCUUCUGUGUGGUGGCCCUGGUUUUCGUUUACUUCCUCCUGCCUGAGACCAAUGGAGUCCGGCUUGAGGCCGUCACGGCCCGUCGUCCGCAGGAGGCUGACUGCGAGCCCAGGCUGGGCUGGUCCUGGGAGCCGUUAAUGAAAGCUUUAGGACGACAGCCUGUUGCCACCCGAUCUCACAUGUGGAUCGGGGCUCUCCCACCUACAGCGGCUAAUGCUGGAGGUGAGGAUGCCGAGCUAGGCAUUUCGUGCUCCUUGACUGGCCUUGUGACCCGCCUCGCCUCGAUGGGCCUGCAGCAGAGCCGGCAAAGCAUCUUCGAUGUCUUCGAGCUGGGCUACCCGAUCGGGAGCGGGAACUUCGGCCAGGUCCUACUUUGUACCCGGCAUGACCAACCGUCGCAGUCCUAUGCUGUCAAAGUCGUGGACAUGGACAGCCAGGUAUCAAAAGCGAUGGAGGCUUUCAAAUCAGCCAGGGCGGAGUUGGAUAUCAUGAAGAGGCUGGACCAUCCCAACAUUGUAAAGCUCAUCCAGGUCUUUCAGGCUCGCUGCCACUGGGACUGGGCACGGUCACGUGCAAUGAGUGCGGUGCGAAUCUGGGAAGUCAUUGGUGGCGCAAUUUCUGGUGGUCUGCUGGUGCGCACGGGCAGAGGACUAGGUUCUGGCCGCGAGCCACAGCGCUUGCGGACAGGCUCCGUCGUCGAAGAAUUGGAGCUCGAUGGCGACAGACUCCAUUACAAGCUGCUGGAAGGCGCUGGGCCAGUUCACGGUUGGGUCAGCACGAAACUCAAUGACCGAGACCUGCUCCAGCGGUGCACGUCCACGGCCUCUGGGAGAAGAGCGGGAAACUCCAAGGAGAAGUUGCAGAACGCAGCCACGUUGCAGGUUGCACAAAUGGAUGUGCUUGCAAUCGCACUGAAUGUGGCUUCGCUGGUGCAAACGGGGCCGCACUUCAAAGUCACAAAGGUGUGCAGCGAGAGAUUGCUGGAAAUCGCCCCCAGCGACAAGAGCGUAAGC